AUGGGCUACUCUCGUUGUGAAAAGAGUAAACAGAGCAAGGAUGAGGAGUUUUCCGGCAGCGACGAGACGAGAUUAGAAGCUGGUGGAGAUAGUGGGGGAGAGCCCCAGAUCUGCUGUUGCAAUGCAAGGUGUUGCCUAUGUGUACUGAGCAUUGUCAUGCUUAUCUUAGCUCUCGUACACCUACACAUGAUCGGUUUCUUCACAUUUAAAAAAUUUGACCUCAACAUCGUCUUUGGACUUGUAUACGUAGUUGUGGCAAUCAUCGGAAUUCUUGGAUGUUGCUUCCGCAAAUCUAUCCUAGUGCUAGUUCUUGCAAUCUUCCUAGAGUCAUGUAGGCUACCGAAAUGGAAAUGGACUAGGAUGGCGAUCUGUACUUAUAAAGCACGUACGUUUGCAUCGGAAGCGGCCAUCGAAGAUCUGAUGAUGCAAGCCAAGAAGAUCAAGUACGACGUCAUCGGACUGACCGAGACGAGACGACGUCACCCUCUCAACGCCGUAUAUGAAACUGGAGGAAAACUGUUCUUAGGAACAUGCGACAGCAGAGGUGCUGGAGGAGUUGGUGUCCUCGUCAACGCGAGCAUGGCAAAGAAUAUUGGUAUCGCCUCUUUUGAACAACUUACGACCCGAAUCGGACGUCUGCGGAUGAGAAAAUGUGGUCCAACACCAGCUUUGACUGUCUUCGUCGCUUACGCUCUAUCAUCAAGCCACGAUGAAGAAGAAGUCGAAGCUUUCUAUAUGGACCUGGAGAAGUUCUACCGAGAAGAUCAUGUCUUCUACAAGGUCAUAAUUGGCGAUUUCAACGCCAAAGUUGGCCCAAGAAGAACGCCGGAGGAACUUCACAUCGGGACCCACGGCCUACAAUGGAAUGACCGGGGGGAGAGGCUCUCCGAGUUCAUCAUGACGACUAAGACCAUCCAUGGGAACUCGCAAUUCCAGAAGCCUUCCUCUCUACGCUGGACGUGGGAGUCACCCGGUGGAGGGUACCGUAAUGAAAUAGACCACAUCAUCGUCAAUAAAAGGUUCUGCCUGACGGAUGUCGCUGUUGUACCAAAGUUCUACACGGGAUUGGACCAUCGCCUCCUCCGAGGAAAAUUUUCCUUCACAAGGAGAGCAGAGAAAGCCGCCAAGUUCAGAGGGAGAAAUCCCAGAACUAUCAUCAACCGGGAUUUCUUCGCUACGUUAGCCGGCUUUUGGGAAGAUUCCGCAAUGGACAACAUCGACGACGAAUAUGACCGGCUCAGACGCCUGUCUCUUGAAACUCUUGAGCUGAUACGCCAGCGUGGAGCAGCACGAGCCGCAGGAAACCAAGAACUCACGUCCGUGCUCGCAAGGCUUUUCAGAGAGGCGAUAAAGAAAGACCUUAAAGAGAAAAGAGCAGAAGUGCUGGCUGAAGCCGCAGAGGCGGGAAAAAGUACCCGCUAUGCACGUCAAGACUUCGCCAGUCGCAAGACAACGAUUACAGCUCUCCGGAACCCGAAGGGAACAACCAUUGCAUCGAGAAAGGGAAUGGAGAAAAUCAUCUACGACUUCUACUCUGAUCUCUUCGACAGCCAUGUCCACUUUUCUCCUCACCAUCUGAGGGAAGAUGGACAAGUCUUUCCAGAGGUUCUCCCGUCCGAAAUACGACAUGCUACCAUGUCGAACCUUCCGCCAGUACUCAUCAACACCUUGGCGAGGCUCUUUACACGUUAUCUGUCGGAAUGCAAGGUUCCUAAACAGUGGAAGACUAGCAAGACCGUGUUGUUGUAUAAAAAAGGAGAUCCACAUGACAUUGGCAACUAUCGUCCAAUCUGCCUACUGUCCGUCAUCUACAAGCUCUUUACAAAAGUGAUCCUUAAUAGGAUUGAAAAAGUCUUGGAUGAAGGACAGCCAUGCGAGCAAGCAGGGUUUCGAAAAGGAUUCAGCACGAUUGAUCACAUUCACACUGUUUCGAAACUCAUCGAGGUAUCACGAGAGUACAAGAUGCCGCUCUGUCUCACCUUCAUCGACUUAAAGAAGGCCUUCGACUCACUUGAGACGGAAGCGGUCGUGGAAGCCUUGGACAACCAAAGCGUACCUACUCAGUACAUAAAGGUACUUCGAGAGUUGUACAGUAACUUCACGACCGGAAUUUCGCCAUUCUACAAGAAUGUCAUCAUUGACGUGAAGAGGGGAGUCCGACAGGGUGAUACAAUCUCACCCAAAAUAUUCACAACCACCCUCGAGAACGCAAUGCGAAAGUUGGAAUGGGACGACAUGGGAGUGAAGGUCGACGGUCGGCAGCUACACCAUUUGAUGCUGAUUCGCUGA